GAGACUGUGAGAGACAAAGGGAGGUAUAAAGGCCUCAAGCUGGGCCAGUCGACUGCUGUACCCUUUGGCAACGCUCAAGCUCUUGGCAGCAUCGCGGUGUUUCCCUGCCUCUUGUCCAGUAGCCAACAUGUCGGCGACAACACUCUGUCUGUCUCUGGUCGGUCUUGUCCUGUUGGCAUGCACUCCUUUUGUUGACUGCAAGGCUGCGAACACUGCAGCUGUGGGUAGCCCGGGACCUGUUGGGCUUGGUGACGACACCAGCAGCUUCAUCACUAAGAGUAACGACGACCUGCACACGGAAGCUGUUAUCGUAGAUGACAAAGAUGAAGCAGUGAGAGAUAAACAUGACGUGCUGACAGGCUUUCCUCUUGAUGAUCUGGACGAUGACGGACUGCAGGCGCUCAUGGACAUCGAUGACGACACCUUCUUCGGUCAAGCAGGUGAACACGUGACCAAGAGACUGCUGCUUGAGGACAGAAAGGUCAACCGCGGUAGCUCCCUGGGAGCCCCUGGGGCGCUGUCUCGACGUAAGCGCAUAGCCCCACUCGUUGCACGUGCAGCACUGACAGGAGCGCGCGCCCUCUUCCGGAGCUUUUCUCGCAGCGGCACCACGAGGAGCGGCGCACGUGUGACACGUCAGUACGAUGGGCAGGGCAACUACGGCGACGCUGUCCGUCACUUCCAGAAUCUUCGUCCCGACAACGUGCGGUCCUUCCAGUCCGGCAGGAUCAGCGGCCAGACUGGCACGGUUGGUAACCACAGAGUUACCGUUCGUGACGGAAGUUCCAGUGGGAGACCAACACUGGAGGUGCGCAGUCAUAACGGCCAGGUGGUGAGAAAGUUCCGCUACAAUGAGUAGGUGGAGACUGACUAUGUGGAACUGAACUUUAAGUUGCCUUUUAACUGUUUUUCACAAGUUUUAAAAUACGAGCACAACACACGUCAGGUAAGACGCCAGGAAACGUGUCUGAAACAAUGGAGGGAAGAUGUCAUGGCAAGGAUACAGACCGGCAAUGUACUGAUGGCGAUAUUUAACACUACAACGACAUCCAAUAAUCUUAUUGUUUUUGUUUGUUUUGUUUUUGGUUUUGUUUUGUUUUUAGAUGAACGUUCCUUAUUAAUAUGUCUCUGUAUUUUCCUUUCUUUCAUUUUUGUAAAGCACUUUGAGCCUCCGGUCAUGUCAAGUGCUAGAUAUCAACUCUAUUAUUAUUAUAACACCAAGUGAAUGUCUACAGAAUAGAUAUGUUGUUUAUAGAGCUAACGAAUAAGCUUAUUAUAUGCCACAGACGGGUCUUUCGUCACAGAAGCUUUGAAAGUAUGUGUAAACAUGUUGGCCUAGAACUUUUUAUACCUGCACAACGGUUAUCGAUAUGGGUAGGAUAUAUGAGUCUUCCU